AUGGACGAAUUUUACAAGGAAUUAGCCAACGAAAUUUUGUUUAUUAUUGCUAACCAAAAUCGACCGGGCCUUCCUGUUGAGAAAUUAUGCCUAGAAUUUGAGAAAAGGGUAGGCAAUAAACUUGUGAACAUUGUUGGGGUUGAAGAACAUCAAUUUGUAAGUUCGUGACGUAUGUUGUCUCGAGCUCAGCGGCGUGUCGAACAAGCUUCUGACAGUUCUGUUGUGUAUACGAUUAACUGGAGUGCCGAACAUUAUCGUACGCUGUCAUGCAGACGAUCAAUAUCAGGAAGUGCUUCUCGUUCAUGCCUGGAAAUUGAUUGAAACCCAUGCAGGGACGCCGGAACCGGGGGGCGAGAGGGGCAGCCGCCCCGUUGCCCUUUACCAGGAGGGGCAAGGGGGGCAAAGGUGCCCUUUCAAUUUAAAGGAUUGCCUUGGCAAAAUAGCGAAUUGUCAGAAAUGUUAACGCAUUUCUUUUACGAAUUUGCUUCAGAAAACGCAGGAAAUGCAGUCAUUGAGCUUCAAGAAUAGCACAAUCGCCUGGGGGAGAACCCCCUCACACCCCUAUCAUCCAAUAAAUAGAAAACAUGAUUAGGCGAAGUUCAAUUCCCGAUGUUUUGCAAACUUCUCUUAGUAUAUAUCAAUUCAAAAGUGCCCUUUCACGAAAAUCUGCCCCCCCCCCUUGCCUUCACAUCGUUCCGACGUCCCUGAACUCAUGGCUUGUGCUACGAUUGUUGUGACAAUUCCGGUAAUACUGCGUUACACUUGCUUGUCGCUACGCCAGGACCAAGCACACCAAAUCUUGUUCGGUUAUUGUUGCAAGCUGGUGGUGACCGUUUGGCAGUACAAACAAAUAAGAAAGGUCAAAAUGUUUUACACGUAAUUGCUGGAAGAAUGCGUGCAGAGGAAAACAGCAAUGGAGAUUUGGUGUUUCAAAAUGAGAAGAAUGAUGGCUUUCCAAAUACUAAAAAUAGAAUGGCGGUCUUGAAGACAUUAACCGAACAAUUAUCGCCUGAUCAGUUAACAGUAUUAGUUACGGCGCAAGACGAAAUUGGCGAUACCGACGCCGAUGCAUGA